GGAUAUCCUUGAAACAUCUUUGUAAGGUGCAGGUCUGGUAUUUGCAACUCACGCACAUUAACACACUAGACUGUCAACAGGGCGGAAAACAGACAUUUCCUAGACGUUUCUGCAUAUCGGAAGUAUACAGAUGUAAAGAACAAUGUAAUUAAUACUACAAGCAAUAACUUUUAGACUUCUUUCUUCUAACUAACUAACGGCUCUUCAAAAUAAUGAAUGUUCUUACUUGGAAAGAGGUUAUCGUAUUUCAAAGUGAAAAGCUUUGAUCUUCAAACUGCCGAAGUUCUGAUGAGCAUGUGGACAUAUUAAUAACGGUGUAAAUUAUAUUGAAAUUACGCAGAGUUCGAUGAUGCACGUUAUAUUUUGUGUAUUGCUACUUCCGGUCGUAUGGCACAUGACGGACGGCGGGCUCGGGCGUGUGACAGAAGUUGGUCAUCCGUGCGCUGAAUGUUACCUCUUCAACAUCAGACAACGCCGCCUGGGGCAUCCAGCCAACCAAACAGACGCUAAGGUGUGCCGCUACCCCUGCACGUGCCCGGUCCGCGAGCUCACGUGCGUUGAUGGUGUCUCCAUUGUGAAAGACGGUUGUGGUUGCUGUUACAUGUGCGCGCACCAGCAAGGCGACUCGUGCAGCGUUAAAGACGUAUGUGACGUCAAACAUGAUCUCAUCUGUGAUAUGUCCGUGGGUGACGUCCCUGGCACCGGCGUCUGUAAAUCCAACACCUCAAAACCAUGCUGGGUAGAAGGUGUACGCUACUCGGACGGGAAACAGUUCAAACCGGAAUGUUCAAGGCAGUGUACAUGUCAGAACGGGAAUUACGGCUGCGUCCACCUGUGUCCGGACGAGCACCGAGUACCUUCCAGUACUCAUUGCAGCCGCCCGCGCCUAAUGGAGGUAGCGGGUCAGUGCUGCCGCCAGUGGACGUGUGAGGGCCAAGAGCGGCGGACCGCGAGUUCCGGUUCCGGUGGCAUACGACCCCGCCACAUCCCUCCAGAAAAAGUCGAGCCGCCCGUUAUUAAGGCACAGGCUUAUACAAGAUAUGAUGCGAACGAACAUAAGGCCACGUCCAUCCAAAGCUCGGAGCCAUCGUGUACGGUAAAUGUGACGUCAUGGACUCCGUGUUCCAAGACAUGUGACGUAGGGGUCUCCACAAGGCGGUUACGUGACACGAAUUGCAAAGAAAAGGAAGAAACUAGGUUGUGCUACUUACGUCGAUGUGAUGACGUCAGCAGUCCAAUAAAGGCAAAGAAAAAAGGCUGUACUCCUACCGAACGCCUCGGUCGCCAACAUAUCCGGUACGCAGAUUGUAUCAGCGUUAAAGACUGGAACCUGAAGUUCUGCACCACGUGUAAGAAACGCCGUUGCUGCUACCCCCGGAAGGAGCGCACACGCCGUCUUGAAUUCCAAUGCGGAAGUAGUCGCCGUGAGACUUUCGAUUUUAUGUGGAUUAAGAGUUGUCGCUGUGAUAAACAAUGCUACGAGCAUGCGCCAGUUACAGGAGGAAAAGCAAAGCGGGGCAAGCGCCGACGUCGUUUCCGACAGGGAUAUUCGAACUACUACAAAUCAUGAAUGUUAUGUUGUUGUGCAUUUAUUUUGUUUUAUGAAUCACAUAAGUAACAUUUAAAACAAUGAUAUCAUUGAUCUCUGGAAUCUCAAAGAAAAUGACUUAAAUAUAGCGACCAUUGUCGUCAAGUGUAAGGAGAUUGCGUAUGACGUCAUGAUGGUGACGUCAUAUUCUUACCGAGACAAAUUUCAUAUCAAUUCAAAAGGAACUGGCUAACUCAGCUUUACCAAUUUAGCUCGUUUUUGACAAUUCUGAAACAGAUGUAUAUAUAUAAACUAAGAUAUAUGUAUUGUCAUAUGUAUUUUAAGAGCAGUAAGGCAUCGUAAUGUUUUGACGUCGAGUGAAAUGUAUUCACUUAAGAGCUUUAUAGAUAAUAGUAAAAGCAUAACGGUUUUUUUCCGAGCUCGCUUGACGGUCUCCACUUUGGCAGUUCGGUGAAUGUACGUCCGUACGUUUGGGGAUUAUAAAAAACUUGGUACAAAUGUUCACCAUGAACAGUAGGCGUUUUCGUACUAAAUUAAUGUUUACGGGUCAAAGGUAAAAGUCACAUUCAAUGGUCGUUGGUCAAAGUUCCCUUGUAUUUUUGGCUUGUCUGGGCUGUAACUUUCCAGCAAGCCUCCUCAUCACCGUGAAAUUCACAAGAUUUCACCUCUUUAUUGUAUUAACACUGUAUCUUAUGGGGGGGGGGGUCCAGAAAUUAACGAGACCCAUUCAAAACGUUAUAACUGAUUAUUUUUAGAACGUUUUCUAAUAAAAUAAUUGUUGCAAGUAAAUUCAAAACUAUUCUGUUAAAAGCAACAAAAAUAGACAAAUGCAAUUGGUAUUUAGUCUUAUUUUGAAGUGAUGUUGAUUUCACUUUCUUUAUAUGAGUUUUCAUGUUUCGAUUCGUUUUGUCUACGGUCUAUUUUUUCUUGGUACACACCUGUUCAAGUCUCAACUGGCAGCUUUAAUUUCUCUUUCAAAGGACCAAUCUGUCGAUUCUAUCAAAAUUUAGAAAUCAAUGUUUGGCCAAUUUGUUCUGUAUUUGUUUUAUCUUGAAAGUUGCAGUACUUUUUAAUAACAAUAAAAAAUACAAACACCAAUUCCUUACCAUUAUUUAUGUCAAAAUUUACGUAGUUCGUAUUAAAUCCAUAUUCACUUAAUUGUAUGAUGAUUUUGUUUUGUUAAAUAUUA